GCGCAAUAGAGUUAACUCUUUUGGAUGUUAAUCUUUGUGUUUGGACUGGUUUGGACGAACAAUUUUUAAUUUUAUUAAAUUCUCAUCGAUUUCAUUAAGAGAAAUGAAAGCAAGUACUUCUAUGGCAGGUAAAAAUAGAAAGCAUGUUGCGGUAAGUUCUGAAAAUGACAAAAAUGAGAAAGAAGAAGUAGAAAAGAAGAAAACAAAAUUUGCACCAAAAGAUUGGGAAAUAAUCUUUAAAAAUAUCAAGCAAAUGAGAUUAGAGCAUAAAUCACCAGUUGAUACAAUGGGAUGUGAACAAUGUGCUGAUAAAAAGGCUAGUCCUGCAAAUCAGAGAUUUCAAACAUUAGUUGCUCUUAUGUUAUCAGCACAAACAAGAGAUGAAGUGACUUUUGCAGCAUGUCAACGUUUAAAAGAGUAUGGAUUUACACCGGAAAGUAUUGCAAAUGCUGACCAAAAUGAGCUAGAGGAACUGCUCAAACCUGUUGGAUUUUAUCGUACUAAAGCUAAGCAUAUUAAACUGACAUCACAAAUUCUUAUUGACCAAUAUAACUCAGACGUACCUAAUGACUUAAAGGAACUUUUAAAACUACCUGGAAUCGGCAAGAAAAUGGCAAAUAUAGCACUAUCAAGUUGCUGGAAUAAUAUCGUUGGAAUUGGUGUAGAUGUUCAUGUUCAUCGAAUUGCUAAUCGCUUGAAUUGGGUCAAUACUAAAACUCCUGAAAAGACACAGGAUGAAUUGGAGAGUUGGCUCCCUCGAAAUUAUUGGAAGGAAGUAAAUUUGAUGCUGGUUGGAUUUGGACAAUCUGUUUGUACCCCUAAAAAUCCAAAAUGCGGUGAAUGCUUAAACAACAAGAUUUGUCCUUCUGCAUUUAAGGAAGAACAGGAAAAGAAGAAUAAGAAGAAUACAAAAACAUAGUGUGUAAUAAUUAAAA